AGGCGGAGGAGAGGCUGUGCCUGGACGGGGCCGGAGAGCUGAGCCCCGUGGCGGUGACAGGUCUGACAACGCUGGACCACGUCCCGACUUAGCCUCCUCCUGCGUUCAUAGCAAGAUGGCUGACGUGGAGCUGGUAAAGAAGAUGCUCCGGGCCGUCCUGCAGGCCAACAAAGGCGGCGUGUCACUGUCCCGUCUGCAGUCAGAGUAUAAGGAGAUGACUGGGGAGCAGAUACCACACAAACAGAUGGGACACAACCAGCUGGACGCGCUGCUGGCCAGUAUGCCCUCCGUAGUUCGGCUGGAGCGCAGCCGGUCUGGAGAGGCGGUUUACAUGGUCAACGAGACCGGCCAUAUAGCCAAGGUGGUGGCACGACAGCGGAGCUCCAAGAAAACAGGCCGACCCCACCUGGUCAACACCCAGAUGAGGGUUAAACCAGCCGCGCCGCUUGUCAUGAAUGCCAAACCUCAAACCUCUCUGAGGCAGCCAAAGCACAGAGGGCGAGGCGGAGGUAGAGGAGGAGGUGCUGGCCGCGGAGGUGGACAUGGGGACUUCAGGCAGGCCAGAGACAUAAGGGAUGGCCAGUCAGAGGGCAGGCCUGGGGGGCAUCCACACAAGCAGUCCAAUCAAAACUCACCCAACAGAAAAGCUAACCUUCCUGCAGACAAACCAGACAAGAGAAUGAGCCUCCCGUCACGGUUUCAGAAGGAGGUCCACGCACACCUCUCCAGAAACUCUCAGCACACUGGUCCACCCUCGAACCUAAACGAGAGCUUUGGGUCGGGGAAAGGAAAACCUUACAACCCCCAGCAGGUCCAGGGUCGCAUCAGAGAGAUCUUGGGGAAGUAUAGUAAUGGCUUCUGGGUGUCCAAGCUGCCUCAGAUCUACAGAGAGCUCUACAAGCAAGACCUGCCCACUGAGGCCAUCAAAGACCUGGAGACCUGGACUAAUAUAUGUACUGUAGAGAAAACCUGCAGCAGCAACCCAUCCGAGCUGCUUCUCUACCCCGCCAAGGAGCAGACCACCAGCGGCUCCACUCCGCCCAUCCUUAACCCAAGUCCCGCCCCUGCCCUGGCGCCACAAACCCCCACAGACAAACCUUUGCAAUCCCCUGCGCGGCAGAGACCCCCCAACGCUUAUCUGACCCGCUCUGGUUCUCGGUCUCCUCAGUCCCCGCAGUCGUCCUCCUCGUCUCCCAGCCCUCCCUCCUCCCCCGCAACCCUCAGCCCUGACCUGAAGCAGAAACUGGAGGAGCUGCUGGAAAAAUACUCCAACGGUCUCUGGGCCCAUGCGCUGCCCAAGCUCUUCCAGGACACUUACAAAACCAAACUGCCCGGACAUGUCCUGGAGAACCUUGACCUUCUCUCUGACAUCUGCACUAUUGACUACCCGAUGCCUGACAACCCCAAGAGGGCCAUCCUGUACAGGCGGAGUAGUGUGGGAGUUGGAGAAGAUGAGAACUGUAACAGGAGGACGUCCUCAGCCAGUGAAGAGGAGCUGAGGUUGAGGAAGGAGCUCGUGAGGAGGCUGAGCAACCAGGCGGUGCCUCCACUGCUGAUCCCAAAAGAGGAGUACCCGUCUGUGCUGGUGGUCGAAGCCACCAACACCAAUGGAGUAGUGCUCAGGUACAUUGGUGAGGGUUACUCCCAGGCUCAGGAGUCCAUGGAGGAUGAGAUGAGGGAGUUUUACGGCUUGAACCAAAGUGGCCCGGCUCCUGUGUCGUCUCCAAUCUCAGGCCAACUUGUGGCAGUCAGGGCAGAAGAAGAGGAGGAGAUCCUGAGAGCGCAGGUCUGUGAGGUCACGACAGACAAAGUCAAGGUGUACUAUGUGGAUCACGGCUUCUCAGAGGGGAUCAGCAAAACCAAAGUGUUUGAGCUCCAUGAGAAGUUUUUCAAGCUGCCUUUCCAGGCGACCAAGUGUAAGCUGGCAGGUCUGGAGCCGUUCUGUCAGGAGUCUGCUGUUCUCAAGAAGUUUGAGACGAUGGCGAUCGGGAAGAUCCUCCUGGCUGAGAUCAUAGAAAGAGGGGAGACGCCUCUCGUCGUUCUUUACGACACGUCCCAGGAUGAUGACGUAAACAUCAAUGCUGCCUGUAUGAAACCUCUGCAGGACAAGACGUUAGCAAGUCCGUUACAGGUGAACAGCGCGUAUAUGAACGUGACCGUCAGCAGCGUCUGCUCGGAUGGUACCAUCUACUGUCAGCUCCCAUCCCGAGGUCUCGCCAAGAUGAACGAGACGCUGGAGAAGAUAGAGACGUACUUCCACUCGCAGGUAACUUCAGAGUUCCUGGUAUCCAGACCCUUCUGUGGGAAACAGUGUCUGGCUCGCUAUAAAGGCAAAUGGUCCCGUGUAGAGAUCACGAACCUACACGGCAGCAGAGUGUUGGACAUCCUGUUCAUUGAUGUGGGCGUCCAGGCUUCUGUGGAGGUGUUUGAGCUGAGAGAGAUCCCACCACCGUUCCUCCGCGACCUCAUGGCAAUCCCACCACAGGCUGUCAAGUGCUGUCUAGCCGACCUGGCAGUCAGCGUUGGAUCAUGGACUCCAGAUGCUGUCCAGUGGCUUCGAGAGAAAGUGCUCAAUGCCACCGACUGCAGCAUGAAGGUUGCCAAGGUAGAUGAAACCAAACACUGCAUCUACGUCCACUUGUUCACCGAUAAAAACUUCCACGACCCGGCCCGCAGCCUCAACCAUCAGAUGGCCCAGUCCGACCUGUUCAAGCAGCAGCCAGACGUCUUCCUGUCCAGCCACAGCCCAACCAAGCCUUCAACAAAUACUUUAUCCUCCAAGACCUCCAGCACCAGUGAUUCCACCAGUAGUUCAACAUCCACUUCUGUCCCGGCCUUGCCUCUUCCCAAGAGGGCUUUCUCGGGAUCCAAAGCAGCAUCAGGAGGAGGAGGAGGAGGAGGAGGAGGAGGAUCAGGAGGAAGAGGAGGAGGAUCAGGAGGAUCAGGAGGAGGAAACACAACUACCACAGUCCCACAUGAAACUUCCCCUUCAGUUUCUCUCCACCUGCCACCUCUACUAGAGCUGGCCUCAACAGGUGAUGAAGGAAAAAUAGGAAACAACAUGGACGUGUAUGUAUCAGUGGCGUGCCAUCCGGGCCACUUUGUGCUGCAGCCGUGGAGAGAUAUGUAUAAACUGGUGGUGCUGAUGGGAGAGAUGAUUCUCUACUACAAUAAAACCGAGGAGAAACCGCUCAAGAUAGAGAAGAACCACAUUUAUGCUGCUAAAGUGGAGAACAACUGGCAUCGCGUGUUAGUCAAGGGAGUCCUGACCAACGGCUUGGUGUCAGUGUAUGAGCUGGACUACGGUAAACAUGAGCUGAUCAACUGCAGCCAUCUCAGACCUCUGAUCAAGGAGUUCAGACAGCUGCCGUUCCAGGGAAUCACUGCUCAGCUGGCCGGAGUGAAGCCGAGGCAGUGGUCUGAAGAGGCCUCCAUCGUUUUCAGGAACCACGUGGAGAAGAAACCUCUGGUGGCCCAGAUGGAGACCAUACAGGAAGCCGCUAACCCGUGGGACAGGAAACUGACCGUCUUCCUGGUGGACACCUCACAGGAAGAAAAGGACAUCUGGGUGCAUGACAUCAUGGCCGAGUUCGCAGACGAGCUGAGCAACGAGCUGUAGACGACGCAGGGACAUGUUUAACUAGCCAAGGAGUAACAGGUGAUCAGUAAAGGCGCAGAGAGCUGUGGAUAGACAAAAUAGAGGACGCUUAUCUGUCUUUAUCGGCCUAUUAAUAGGACCUAAAGAAGAAUUCAAAGGAAGAGGGCAAGUUGAGAGAUUUGGUAGCAUGUAGAAACCGGUGGAGAAAUGAAGCCACGGUGGCUUCACUGGCUAUAUUUGAAGGGAUGUUGUGAUGUGAUUUGAGUUACUGCAGUGUUACCAUUAGACAACAUACCCAUUUAUCGUAUUGUGGUCAAGCUCUUCGCUGCAACAAACACACUGCAAACAGUUCAAAGAACUGCUGAAACACAAAGCUGCGGGAGUGCUUUCUGAAACCCAUUCGGUGCAGGCUUUUAUCCAAAGCAGUCCGGCGUUUGCAUCCCGCCUCGAUGCUCCUCAGCGGGGAAACCUGCAUUCCCUCAGCCCUGCUAAUGUGAACGUCACUCAUUCUCAGAUACGCAAUCUUAUACAAGACAAAAUUUGUGAUUGAUGGCUCUUUUUUUUUUAUUUCUUUGAAAUUGUCAAAAAGUUUACAAGAGCAAACAUUCCCCGAAGAGGAGUAGGAGUUUGAGUCAGGAAGGUCGGAGCAUUUGACACGGGAGGUAGUUAAAGGGGACCUUAUGGCUUAUUAUGGCACGUCCCCAUAGAUUUUCCAAGGAGUUGAUUAAAAACUGCAUAAGAUUUUGUAUGUUGUUUGUCCAAACAUUGAUGCACAUGCAGUUGCAGUAAACGGUUUUGGAUUUUCCAUUUAGUCAAGAGAUUGAAUUAAAAAACCUCAAAGUUAAGAGGAGCGUUUUACUUUGAAAUGUUCUUAUAAACGUACAAAAUGUUAACAUAUCAGUGGAAACGCAUGUGUUUAAAACCUGAUCGUGUUCUUCAUCCAUCUGUACGUGGGUCCCGAGAGGGUUUGAGCUGUGGCCCACAUGGACUCAUGGGACAUUUACCGAGUUCAAGCUCAAUCUGUGCACGGAGGCCUCCCCCACUUAAACCAGCUCGGUUCCUUGUGUGAAAAACUCAUUCCAGUUAUGCUCUUUGGGAAAUCGAAUCCUUCCUCCUCACUUUGCUGUUUCUUGCCUGACGACGUGAUAACUACGAUCCAGCAGGUUCCUUAUGCCGCAUGUUGCACAAAUUUCUGAAAUGUGUGAACCCGUAAUUUGAUGUUAUUAUAACGAAACAGAUUCAGUUACCGGUGGAGCUGCAGAUUUUCCAUGUGAAGUUGAUAAGUUCUGCUUGUAACCGGCGUCUGUGCCAGCAUCAGAUUCUGAACUGUGACCUUCCCCUUUUUACUGGUUUGCAAAGGAUCUCCAGUUGCGAAGCGUGUAGACCUGACAAAGCUUAAAGCUGCAUUGUUAUUAACAGUUGGUAACUUUAUUUAUAUUUAACUUUUGUUCUUUAGAUAGAAAACAAAUCCAUCUUGUUUGACAAUGACCUAUGGAUAAUAAAAGAGAUGUUUUUGGAAUAAAGUGUGUUUGAGAGGUUGACGUG